AUGGAUACAAUCAUGUUACAUUUAAGUGAUAGCGAUAAUGAGGAUGAAAAUUGUAUACAAAUUCGUCGCGAGCGCAGAAAUUUGAGGAAUAAUUCAAAAGACAUAUUGGAAAUGGAUGAUUAUAAUUUCUUCAAAAAUUUUCGCAUCAACAAAGGAGCAUUUAUAUACAUUUUAGAGGAAUACGAAAAUGUAUGUGGAAAUGAUAAGAGACAAGGUUCUCUUUCUCCGAAAAUAAAACUUGCUGCAUGUCUGCGCUUCUUUGCCACAGGCAACUAUCAGCAUUGUGUUGGAAAGGACUUCAAUAUAAAUGUGACCCAAUCGACAUUCUGUGGAAUAUUAGAGGAAGUUCUAAACAUUCUUGAGUACAGACUAUGUUCACGGAGGAUUUCUAUUUACAUGAAUGAAAACGAAGAAUUGGAAUCAAAAACAUUUUUUUUGCCAAGUCAAAAAUUCCGGGUGUGA